UGCGCUGGCGGCGCUGGCCCCGCCACAGCGCCCCGGCCCCGCCGCCCGCCCGCCGAACCAGCGCCGCCGCCAUCUUGGGGGCGGUGAGACCGGCGGGCCCGGCUCCUCCUUCGCGGUCGCUCCGUGAGGGGAAGAACGUGAUGCUUUGGGGAAAACUCGUCCCGUCGGCGUGCAGGCGGAGCCCGCUGGUGCCCAGCGCUUGCAGAGCCUUCUGGGGAUGGCUGAACGCCGUGUUCAACAAGGUGGACUACGAGCGGAUCCGAGCCGUGGGCCCCGACCGGGCGGCCUCGGAGUGGCUGCUGCGCUGCGGAGCCCUCGUGCGCUACCAGGGCUACGAGAAGUGGCAGCAGGACUACAACGGGCUCCCCACGGGGCCCCUGGGGAAGUACAAGAUCGAAGCCAUUAACGCCACCGACUCCUGCAUCAUGUACAGGGGGUUUGACUAUUUGGAUGGUCUUGAACACGUUACAGAGAUCACGCUGCAGAAGUGCAUUUACAUACAGGACGAGUGUCUGCAGCGGCUCAGCGAGACCAAGAAUCUCCAGAAGAGUCUCCUCCAGCUGAAGAUCAUUUCCUGCGGGAAUGUCACAGAUAAAGGCGUCAUUGCACUGCACAAGCUGGCGAACCUUGAAUAUUUGUAUCUGAGUGACCUUCCUGGAAUAAGACAAAAAGAAACUACCAUGCAGAUCCUUCAGCAGGCGCUGCCAGACCUGGAGCUGGAGCUGGACUUGGAAUAAGCACAACUACACGUAACUGAAAUGUAUUUGAGUUCUUAGGAUUUAUCAUAUGUUGCUUAAAUUAAGUUGUAGGCACUGCUCUAUUUCCAGGUAUGGAAAUAAGCCCAGAUGACCCAAAUUACGAUUUGAAAUAAAAGGCAGACAGGCACACUGUGAGGAUAUGGAUCUGUCCCACAGAAAUUGCCACAGAACAGUAGUGGGAAAAGAAAACAGUUUUGCUGUAGCUUUCAAGUAGAAAGAGGAUGUUCCUUGCCCAGCAGUAAAACUGUGUGCAGUAAAACACAUCCAAUAAAGUGGAAAAACAAGCUACGUUUCUUUUAUUGAAAAUCAGCACGAUAUUACAUCCUGAGAUGACACAAAAGCCCAGAAUCAUUCCAAUACAUGUACUUAGGUAGAAUUCCUGCCUGCGUCUGGCCAGUGUUAUCAAUUAUAUUAAUGAAUUAAUUUUGAAAAAAACAACUUCUAUAACACUACAGGCAAGUGACUUUGCUAUUGACAGAAACAGCAAAUAAACCCGACCUCAUGAUGCAAGGAAGAAACACACGGGAGAAACUCUGAAAAGACUAAAGAAACAAUAGGUUUUAUGAUUAAAAUGUUCUCCUCCUGCUAAUGGUUCCUGCCGAGCCUGCUGCAAAGUCACUACGAGUACCUUUAAUACUUUGUGAUAUAUAAAUGCAGGACACAAGACACACGCAGCUUUAAAGCAGUGCUAUUUCAGCAGGUUUAUAACUACCUGGAGCAGGUUUAUAGCUACUGUCUGUUCACCGCUCCUUGCGGGACCAGUGACUUAGUCCCAGUCUAAAGCAGUGUCACUGUUUUGCCACAGUGGGACUUGGAUUUAUUUGGCAAGGUUGCAGUUUGUCUGCCAAGUCUGCAAUACAGGCCAUUGACAAACCAGAGUUCUUAAAUUCACACUGUAAACAGUGACCCCGAACCAGUAUACAAUCCCGAACCAGUAUACAAUCCCAAACCAGUAUACAAUCCCAAACCAGUAUACAAUCUGUCCGUCGCUUCCCUCCCAUUAGUGACCCAGAGCACGUUGCUUUACAGCCCGUUUUUGUAUAUAUCAUAACAGGUAUUCACUUAAGUUUUCCACCAUGUAUCCUCCUUUUAUAAAGUUUGAAAUGACUCGAACUUUGAACAAUAAAUAGUUUUUCGUCUGCCGUCCAGUUA